AUGGGUGCUUGCUUUUUUAAGAGUAAAUUUGAAAACGUAAAAAAGUUAGAAAAUACUUUCUUCGAUUUAGAAGCUGUUGACAUAGAUGGAAAUCUUGUUAAAAUGAGCUAAUAUAGCAAUAAAAAGGCUAUAAUUAUUGUAAAUGUUGCAUGUAAAUGAGGUUUGACAGGAGACUAAUACAGAGGGCUUGUCGAUCUAUAUAAGAAAUAUAAAGACAGCGGCCUAGAGAUUUUAGGCUUCCCCUGCAAUUAGUUUAUGUCCCAAGAACCUUGGGCUGAGCCAAAGAUUAAAGAUUUUAUAACUGAAAAGUUUGGUGCAUCAUUCCCAUUAUUUUAAAAGAUUGAAGUCAAUGGCGAUAAUCCUCAUCCUAUUUACAAAUUUUUGAGAACUAACUCAGAGCUCUACGAUCCCUAAACUAACAAGGCUAAGCAGAUUCCAUGGAAUUUCUCUAAAUUUGUUGUAGAUAGAGAAGGCAAAGUUUGUGGAUUUUACAAACCUACAGUGAAAUCAUAAGAUUUGGAUGGAGUUAUCCAAAAGCUUUUAGCUAACUGA